ACCUUUUUAUCCGUACCAGGUAGAGGUGACACCGAAACGCUUGACACACAUAAUGGUUAACUUAAAUCAAAUAGUUAAAUAAUAAAGACCUCAGAUAAUAAGUGUGCAGACGUAUCACGGGGCAACUGUUACCAUUGUUACAGUAGUCUCGAUUCCCCAUUCUCCGCCUCCGCGUCACAUGUUUGGAGACAAACGCAGAUACAGACACAGGGGACUUUAAAUAGUUUAAGCGAAACCUGUGAAAACCAGAGAAGAAGGUCAAGAGCAAAAACAGCGCCUGACAUAAACCAAGAUGCCUUUCCUGCCAGCGUUUUCAAUGGCGACUUGGACUCUGCUUGCCUUAUUCUUUACGCUACUAUUUGUAUCAUGAUGCACAAGGUUCAGCUGUUUUGUAGUGAUCUAGGUUCCUGCAGUCAGGCGCCUCAAACAGGGUCUGGUAAAUCCACACGCUGGCAGAGGGCGGGCGCGCACCCGGGACCUCCUGCACUGAAGCAUAGCGCCGAUACCGCUGUAAGAAAGCAGCGGCUCCUUUGCAAAGAGCGUAAAUCAGGAAUAAUGGAAUCAUUAUUACCUUGAACAGGUAUGGGAUUUGGCCACAUAGAUUAUUUAAAAAGCUUGGGAUUCCUGGGCCUAGACCCUUGCCCUUCAUAGGGACUUUUUUGGAAUACAGGAAGGGUAUUCACGGAUUUGAUAUGGGCUGUUUUAAGAAGUACGGAAGAAUGUGGGGGAUUUAUGAUGGACGGUUGCCAAUUUUGGCUGUGAUGGACACAGCAAUGAUAAAAACAAUCCUAGUUAAAGAGUGCUAUAGCAUCUUCACUAACCGGCGGAAUUUAGGCUUGAACGGGGAAUUGUAUGAUGCCCUGUCCAUUGCGGAAGAUGAGGCAUGGAAAAGAAUCCGCAGUGUGCUCUCGCCAUCCUUCACCAGUGGAAGACUUAAACAGAUCUUCCCAAUAGUCAAGCAGUAUGCAGACACUUUGCUACGAAACAUUCAGAAGAAAGCAGAUGCCAAAGAGACUGUUCAAAUGAAAGAGAUCUUUGGUACAUACAGUAUGGAUGUUGUCACUAGCACCUCCUUCAGUGUAGACAUUGACUCUCUCAACAAUCCUAAAGAUCCCUUUGUAGCCAACAUCAAGAAAAUGAUGAAAUUCACCCUCUUUAACCCAUUUUUGUUAAUUUUAAUUCUGUUCCCUUUUCUUUUGCCAUUGUUGAAGAAAUUAAAUAUUGCGUUUAUUCCAAAUUCGGUUAUGGAUUUCUUCUACGCAUCGUUUCGGAAAAUGAAGUCUGACCGGAAGAAGAAUUACCAUACUGCAGGUAGCAGGGUAGAUUUCUUGCAGCUGAUGGUAGAUUCUCAGAUUCCAGAUAAAAGCGCUCAAUCCAAAACAGAUGAACAGCCUUCAAAAGGUCUGACAGACCAUGAGAUCCUGUCUCAGGCUAUGAUCUUUGUUUUCGCUGGCUAUGAAACCACUAGCACCACUCUCUCCUUCCUGACAUAUAACCUGGCAACCAACCCCAAGGCAAUGAUGAAGCUGCAGGAGGAGAUAGAUCGAGUCCUUCCAAACAAGGCUCCUGUGACCUAUGAAUCGCUGGCGGCGAUGGAGUACCUGGACAUGGCACUGAAUGAGUCCCUGAGACUGUACCCUGCAGCACCCCGGCUUGACAGGGUCUGUAAGAAGACCGUAGAGAUCAAUGGGGUUACCAUCCCCAAGGGCACUGUCGUCACGAUACCCACUUACGCUCUGCACCGCGACUCAAAACACUGGCCGGACCCUGAAGUCUUUGAUCCUGAAAGGUUCAGCAAAGACAAGACAGAAAACAUGGACCAGUAUGCCUACCUACCAUUUGGAGCGGGUCCUCGUAAUUGCAUUGGAAUGAGGUUUGCUAUCAUCCUCGUGAAAGUGGCGAUGGUUAACUUGCUUCAGAACCUCACCUUUCUUCCCUGCAAGGAGACUCAGAUCCCCCCUGAGCUGGAUAUCCAAGGACUGCUCCAGACGAAAAAACCCAUCGAGCUGAAGGUUGUCUCCCGGGUUCCUGCUAACAACGAAGAAUGAAUAUCAAAGUGAAAUUCACCCAACUUGUUUUAACAAUGUAUUUUGUAUUAAUAUCCUGCCACUCUCAAGCAUGUAUUUUCAUUAAGAGGAUCCUAUCUUCCUAAGCUGCUUCUGCAAUUCAAAAUACCAAAAAAAGCUCAAAUAAUAAGCAUUAAAACACUAAAUGAAAAAAUGUUUAAUUCAUUAAAAUUAAAA